GUUAAAACAAAUUAAACAACAAAAUAAAAAUUCUUAAUUUAAUUUAUCAAUUCAAAGUUAUAAAGAAAAGCAUCUUUUAAAGAAAAAAUUAUUAUAAACUACGCAGUUAUCCUGUGUUUACAUAAAAACAAAUUCGUAACUCGUAAACCAUAAAAAAAAAAACAAAAAUAAUUAUCAUAACAAAACGUUGGACCACCAAUCGAAAACGUCAUAACAAAAAACUUAUCGAAAAUACAAAGAAAACAACAACAAUUGACAGUAGUUUCCGACUCCAUCCGCUAAUUAUGGUUCUGGCUUAAGGGUUUCCCAUAAUUAUAGUUAAGAAACACUUGAAAUAUUUCUACUUAAACGUCAUUUUUAGAAGGUCUGAGAUGCUGUAAAAUUUGCUUAAAAUUUUAACAAUCUACAAAAUUUUGUGCCAAAAUUAUAAUAAAUUUAUUUUUAAAAAUACAAAGAUACAAAUUUAAUUUGCGAAAAUGCCGAUUUACUGCUGCGUUCAAAGUUGUAAAAGUAAUAAUCGCAACAAACAGACAAAUAAAAUAAAGUUUUUUAAGUUUCCUAAAAUUCGGAAAACAUUUCCCAAAAUGGAAGCUCUUUCAACAGAAAGGCAUAAUCGUUGGAUUAAAGCACUUAAUAUUAAACCUCAAAAUAUAAAUCAUGCACGCGUCUGUGAGAGGCAUUUCAUUUCUGGCCAACGUGCUCAUAUCAAAGAUGACUUAAAUCCAGACUGGGUUCCAAGCUUGCAUUUGGAUACCAGACAGGAUCCAUUACUUGCCAAGACAAGAUAUGAACGGAAAAAACCAAUGGAGGAAAAUAUAAUAACAAAAACACCAUUGCCAUCGCCAGAAAAAUUAAAGAUGUACUUUGAGACAGAAGUUGAAUCAGAAGAUGAAAUAGAAGAUGUACUAGUAGAUGAAACAGCAGUUGAAAUAGACGAUGGAACAAAAGGGAAAAGUGCUAAAAUUUCAGCAUCAACAGAUCCAGAUUGGGUUCCAAGCUUACAUAUGGGAGAAAAUAUUGACCCAUUGUCUGACACUAGAAGAUUAAAAAAACCUUUAUCAAAAAGAAGAGCAGAGACACAACAAAUAAGAGAAUGCCAACGCAAAGCUGUAAAUGCUGAAUUUAUUAAAAUUGAUGAUGAUAUUGAUAUGGAUACGGAUGACAAAUCUGAAGAAGAGUUCUUACAAGACUAUUUAGACGAGAUCAGGGCUUCACAAGAUGACAAAGAAACUGACGGUAACAAUGUUUCCCAAGAUGAUGACAAAUCACCUGAACAACGCAAAAAAAAGAAACUACAUAAGGUGGUCGUAAAUUGUUGUGUGCCCAUGUGUAAAAAUGCAAGAAGUAAAUAUAAAUCAAAAAUUAUGUUCUUUCGAUUUCCAAAAGCUGAGGAAAAUAAUGUCAAUGGCAAGAUAUAUAGAAACGAAAGACAAACUGCAUGGAUAAAUGCUAUCAAAAGGAUUGACAUCACACAUUUAAAUGCUUCAAAUAAAAUUAUUUGUUCUGAUCAUUUUAUUACAGGAGCUCCUGCAAAAGAUAAAUCUCAUCCUGAUUGGAUUCCCAGUCAAAAACUACCACUUACAUUAGCAAAAGCUGUAAAACAAAUAGAAACACCGGAUCCAUUAGAUGAACAAGAAAUGCAAAUGCAUACCAUCAAUACUGUGGAAGAAGAAUUAAAAUUAAACAUGGAUAUUAUAGCGUUGCAAAAAGAAAUCGAAGAGUUAAAAAAAGUAAACGCUGACUUAAAAAAGCAAGUCGAAACCAAGGAUAUUAUAAUUGCAGAUCAUGUUGAAGAAAUACGAAGGCUUGUUGAAACCCAAGUAUUGAAACUAAACAAUAAAGAUAAAAUCAUAGAACAAGUACAAGCUAAUCAUCGAAGAAUAACACUCUCCCGAGAUGGUUUCAAAAACGAUGAUAAGAAAGUUACUUAUAUGACUGGUCUGCCAAGUUUGGCCGUACUUGAUAUAAUUUAUGAUUACGUUAAAGACGAUUUAGUUAGUUCGAUGAUGAAGGGUGUAAAUAAAUUUGAUGCUUUAGUAAUGGUAUUGCUAAAGCUGCGAUUAGAUUUGCCAAUGUGUUAUUUAGGCUAUAGAUUUGGCAUUGCUGGCAACACAUGUGCACGUGUUUUUCAUAAGAAUUUAAAAGUUUUAUGCGAUAAAAUUGGUCCAUUCAUCCGAUGGCCUGAGAAAACACAACCAGAAUGUACUGCUGUUUACUUUAAAAAGGUUCUUGGUAAAAGAUUUACAGCUUUAAUUGAUUUUAUUGAAGAUCCAGGUCCUGAUGUAUCAGCGGGACAUUUGGUACAAAAUAACUACAAAAGAAAUAAAUACUUGGUUGCAAUAUCACCAGCAGGAGCUAUUGUAUUUGUAUCCAAAGGUUAUGACGUUAACAUGAGUUUAAAGGAAAUUGCAGAAAGUUGCGGAGUUCUUGAUUACACUGAUGACGGUGAUAUUAUACUUUCCGAUUAUGGAAAAGCUGCUCAUCAAGUUUUAUCUUAUAAUGGCUCCAAAGUAAUAGUGCCUACAAAUCAAGAAAAUGACUUGCUUGAUUCCCUACUCCAGAAUCCAAGUCACACAAAUACUGACGGACAAGUCGAACCCGAUAAUAGUCGUAUUUAUAUCCACCGAUCACUUUCAGUUCUCAAAAAUCGAUAUUUCGUUUUAACAAAUAAAUACAAUCAUGGCGUAGCCACCAAGUCUUAUAAAAUAAGUGAAGGAGAACAUUAUUUUGAUUAUGUUGUUAAAGUUUGUUGUGCUCUUACAAAUGUUUCUCCGGCAAUUAUUACUUUGGAAAAUAAAAAAAGUUAGCUCUAAGAAAGUUAAAUAAGCAAUUUUUAUUUUUAACCUUAUAAAAUACAAAAAUGUACAAAUGUAAUUAAUAUAAAUCUUUGAUUUGUUAUUAAUAGUUUUUAUACUUUUAUUUUAUCUUUAAAGCUGAUGCUUUAUGAGAACAAUAAAAUUCAUAGCAAUAUGAUAAAAUCAA